CAGGAGUGGCUGUGUGGCACCCCUUUCCCUAGAGCCUGGCUCCGCUGCCAGGAAAAGGGAGCUCAGGGCGUGGAGAUGAGGCUGGGACUCUCCCAUAUCUGCUUGGUCCUAAUACCCAUCUCCUUCGCUGGCCCUGGGAAGAUGACCUCGAAUGCUAGUGCAAGUGGGCUGGGCACCGGCCAGGGGAGGCCCGGCUUGGCAGCUCAUUACCAUGGGAGGGAGGGCAGGUUCUUUCUGCCACCUGUCUUCAUUUCUCCUCCCGCCCUCGCCUUCCUCCUUCCUAGCUCCUCCCCUCCAGGACAAGACUGAGCCCAGGUUGAUUUCGGGCGGACACCAACAGACCCCACAGCAGCUCCAGCAGUCCAGACACCGAAGGCCAGAAGCAAGGCUAGGAGCUGCCGCAGCCAUGUCGGCCCUCAGCCUGCUCAUUCUGGGCCUGCUCACGGCAGUGCCACCUGCCAGCUGUCAGCAAGGCCUGGGGAAGCUUCAGCCCUGGAUGCAGGGCCUCAUCGCAGUGGCCGUGUUCCUGGUCCUCGUUGCAAUCGCCUUUGCAAUCAACCACUUCUGGUGCCAGGAAGAGCCGGAGCCUGCACACAUGGUCCUGACGGUGGGAAACAAGGCAGAUGGAGUCCUGGUGGGAACAGAUGGAAGGUACUCCUCGAUGGCGGCCAACUUCAGGUCCAGUGAGCAUGAGAAUGCCUAUGAGAAUGUUCCCGAGGAGGAAGGCAAGGUCCGAAGCACCCCGAUGUAACCUUGCCUGUGGCCCCAACCCCAAGACUUCCAGGCGCCUGGGAUGGAUGCCCAGUGCUACCACCUAAGCCCCCUCCUUCUCUUUGUGGAAUCUGCAAUAGCGGGCCAACUCCCUCCAACCCCAUGCCAGCCCUACCCUCCCUUGAAGCAUAGCCAGUCAAGGCUGGAGCUCAGACGGUUUCUAGGUUGGGGUUGGGCUGGGUCUGGCAUCUCCCACUCAGCUCAGGAGAGCCUUCUGAAGAGGACAGUCAGCUCGGCACCUCCCAUCCUCUCGCACAUCCUUCCCCAUAACUGUGGAAAUGGCCCUUAUUUCUGUGAAAUAAAGACUUUUUGUAUUUCUGGGGCUGAGGCUCAGCGGCGGCCCCUCAGGCUUCCAGUGAGUCUCCAUCUUGCUUUCUGAA